AUGACAACAAAAACGUACCAAAAACCAAAAGAAACACCGUCCGGGAGGAUCAAGGUUUCUCCUGUACCAGUAAUUUUGAAGGAAACUAGAGAUUAUGCUGCAAAUCUUGGAAUUGAGAAAUUGAUUGUAUGGUCUGAUGAUUGCUCUGCUCAAUAUAAAUCUAAACUGCCAUUUUAUUUUGCUGCUGGAGCACCUGAUGAGCGAGCUUACUUUGGUUCUCGUCAUGGGAAAGGACCAUGUGAUGUCUGUGGUGGUGUUGUCAAACGAAUUUUAGAUGAUGAUUUCAUGUCUGGAGAUGUAAUAAUACAGAGUGCUGAAUCCAUGUACAAUCAUCUAAAUUUAGGUACCUCAAGGUUGAAUGACUCUUUCUUAGAACAGACCAUGGGAUUUGUUGAUGCAACUGUAGAUAAAUCAAGCUGGCAGAAUGAAAAUGUCUGCUUGGUUGUCUGCAGUUUGAUUGAAAGACAAUAUAAUGCAAUCAUGUCAUAA